GCUAACGUUGCAACAAAGAUCGCUCUUUGUUGUGCAUGCCAUUAAUGCAUGAUCUGUUCUAAGGAUAUUUACUUGGUAGUUUUCAUUUCCACUUGGUAUUUUUUUUUCUGUGGAUGCUCUGUAGAUGUGCACUCUUUUACGAGAUACUCGUAGCUAGCUAUCCGGAUUUUGGAUUCUUAAGAGUUUUCUGUUUAACUCACAUCCAUUAUGUGGAUCAAAUGGGUAUUGUUCCUGCGCCUGGCCAUUAUCAGUGGAAUGGCCCGGAAGCUGGAGUUCAAGCCACAAGCAAAUGCUCUAGUCUCAGUUAUGGCGCAAAAUAAUUUUUUCAGGUCUUAUUUUGUUACGGGAAACAUUCCCAAAUCAGUCAGUGAACCUUGCAAGUUAUAUCUAGUGGAUUUUAUGGAAGAUCUGGAAUCCAGGAAGAUGUCAGCUAUUCAAAUGGUGGAUGCAUUCGGAAAAAUUCCCGGAAAUAUUUUACGAGGACACCUGCAGUGGAUUGGAUCUUAUGAUGAAUGCGCGAAUAUAGCUAAUAACUCGGCAAAUUACUGCAUCACAAAGCUCAGCACUUCUGACGCUCUGGCCAGCAUUCAACAAAGCCCAGCACUGGCGACCUGUUUACCUCGACAAUGCGGUCCCGCUGACAUCACCGCCAUCGUCGACGACCUGAUCGGCUACAUUAAAAAGCUCCUUCCCCAACCAGUGCCCGAACUGGAUGCCCUGUCGGCGCGCGAUACGACCUGCGAACCCGAUUUGCCCGUCGAGUGGGGAUUCUACUUAUUCUUCGUGAUUAUCGCGGUUCUGGUUAUUCUGAAUAUCUUCGGCACUCUGGUGGACGGCUACGUGCUACCCCGACUGCACGCGGCCGAAUUAAGCCGGAAGAGUUCCUUCACCGAGAGCGGCGAAGAGGACGAACCACUGCUGCAGGAUGCGACUGCGGAUGGGAUCGAGGUCAAUCCGUUACCGGCCAGAAUCCGAGCCAUCUUGUGCUUCUCCGUGGCGAGGUCAUGGCGAUAUUUAACUGCAGAUCGGGAGGAUGAGUUAAGCUUCCUGAACGGUAUCCGUGUGCUGUCCAUUUGCUGGGUGGUGCUGGCUGAAUUUGGCAAUCUGGGCGAAAUUGCAUAUGAAAAUCCGUUAGAUUAUUUGGACAGCGCUGGCACAAUUUUUGGUCAACUAAUUACCAACUUCUCUUUCGCUGCUGACACGUUUUUCAUCGUUAGCGGCACUGUUUUGACGUAUACGCUGAUGACAAAGCUUAAAGUCCGCAGCGGGAAAAUUAACUGGAUUUGGAUUUAUUUGCGGCGAUGGUGGAGGUUGACUCCACUCUACGUGUUCCUGUUGGUUAUCUGUAUCUUCGUUGUGCCGCAGCUUGUAUCAGGACCGUUUCCGAUCAUAGCGGGUCAAGAUUCCGGUGGUAAUCCAAUUGAUUUCUGCAAGCAGAACUGGUGGGCAAAUGUCUUGUACGUCAACAAUUUCAUCCCGACCAACACCCUGUACCUCUGCAUGGACUGGACAUGGUUUAUCGCGGUGGACAUGCAGUUGUUUCUUAUCACGCCAGUUAUCGUUUACGUCCUUUACCGCUUGCCCAAAAUCGGUACGGCAGCCACGAUGAUUCUGAUUGCUGGUUGCGUCGUGGCGAAUGGACUGAUUGCCGGACACUGGGGAUUGCCGGUGACCGUUAAUGAACAACCUAUUUACCACAAUGAAACGUACGACCCUAACCACGACUAUGUCAACUCGAAACCAUAUACCCGUGCCACACCCUAUCUCCUGGGAAUUCUGAUCGGAUUCUUAUUUGCACAGAAAGCGGAAUGGCACUGUGUCCGACCAAAACUGCGUUUCGCCGGGGUUAGCUUCGUUUGGAUCCUCUCGUGCUUGACGGGACUGUUUACCGUGUUCGGGCUAUAUCAGUCCUACAGCUGGCCAAACGGGGCAACGUACACCGAGCGAGAAACCUAUCAAACACUGAGUCGACUGGGUUAUUCUCUGGCGGUUGGGUGGGUGCUAGUGGCAUGCCGGUACGGAAGUUCUGGACCGAUCAAGUCCAUCUUGAGCUGGAAUAUUUUCAAGCCAUUGAGUCGCUUGACAUUCGCCGUGUACAUGUUCCAUCCCUUGGUAGUCCAAUACUUUCUGAUCAGCCAGCGUGAUCCCUUCUACUAUAACGGGAUCAAUUUUGCCUAUUUGUACCUCUCAAUGCUCUUCAUAUCCCAUCUACUGGCGACCAUUUUAGCCGUAUUUGUAGAAAUUCCAUUGUUGCGUCUAGAAAAGGAAGUGUUCGGUUCCAAACGUUGAUGUCCAAUCAACUUGGAUUUGAUUUGUUCGUGGAAUCAAUACCUAUUAUAUUUCGCCGACGUUACUUUUAUACCGGAAAGGCGGAAACUGUUGUGCUAGUAUUACGUGAUCUGUUGAGCAGCUGUGAUAAAACUAACCAUAAAAUACAUCGUAGACACCACAUUGGUUUAAAUUUCUUAAAACUUACAACCUCGGCAAUUAACUUUCAGAGAUUCACGACCCAUGCAAGUCAUGUGCUAUUCAAA